UUAGUUCAUUAGAGUUCGUUAUCGAGAGACGUUUGUCUGGUGAUUCGCGAUUGAUUUUCUUCAAGAAAAAGUAAAAAUGCCCCCCAAGAAGGCACAAAAGGGUAGAAAUGGUUUUUGGUACUUCAUGCAGGACUUCAAGAAGACCCAUGAACAACAAGGACGAGUAUUUCCUGGAGGUUUCAGGGAUAUCCAGGUUGAUCCACAAUGUUCCAAAGCAUGGAAUGAAUUAUCAGAGGGGGAGAAGAAUCGAUACAACACAAUGGCAGAUAAAGGCCAACCAAAGCUGACAACUUGGGGUGAGACAGUUUCUAGUGUCCAGGAGAGGCUGAAGAAGCAACAGCAGUUCGAGGCUGCCAUGAAGGCAGACAUCGACGAGACCAUUCACCUAGCCCAAGCCUGCAACAACAUUCCUGACCUUGUGUUUUACUUGAUCCACGUUAAUUACGCUUACUGCAGGGAACGACCUGAUACCACAGUCGACUAUACUCCCAUAGAAUUCGCAAUUUGUGAAUUUUCAAUUGUUGAUGGUAUCAAGAGGAUUUAUCACCAGAUAAUAAAAGUCAAAGUUGAACUUGGCUUUGCUAGACUCGCCAUUGAACACGCUGAUAAUACUCAUAAGAUUCAAGAGAAUUAUGAAACGGGCGAGGGUGAUUUCAAGAAGAUCUACCACCAAUUUCGAGAAUUUCUGAAGGUCACGGAGGGCAGAACAGGGAAACUGCCGCCAAUUUACACUCGUCAAAAGUUCGUGACAAUUGUCAGUUGCUUUCUGGACAGAAUAACUAUUGGAGGAGAUGUUCCACAAGAUAUCUUUUCUCUGUACUCUCUGGAGUGUCUCUUUGGGAAACUGAUGUUCUCGUGCAACCCUACGGUGUAUCGUCUCUGUAACCCAAUUCUUUUGGCAGAAUCUGAAUUCGACAAGGAUUCGUUUGCCUACUAUCCAGAUCUUGAGUGCGACUAUCAUCGGAAAAUUGAAGGGACAUCCAACCACUGUUCGUCCUCCAUCAUUCGCCAGUGGGCUUUCCUCAUUUGUGAUUACUGCUGCAAUUGGUUUGGAGUGGAGAUGCUCCCCAACGUUCAUUGUCCUGCUCGUCCUUCCUCUAAUGAUGGAGAUGCCAACUUGCUGGCAGCUGGCAUGGCAUCCAUGAAGGUGUCAAGCGAGUUCAAACCCAGCAAUCUCAAGUCAAUGACAGGGGUGAGUGAGGCGUACAGGUACGAGAAAGCUGGGCGAACAGCAGAGGAGGAGGCACAGAGAAGGAAGGAGGCCAGUCUCGUCCCUCUGGAGAUCAUUGAUUACAGCCAACCUGUGAACAAAGGCUUGAAAUUUUUCAGACCCCUGAGGCCACCAAAGAACAUGAUGGGACAUGGUGAAGCAUCUUCCCAGGCGGUUAAGCAGACCCAGCCAACGAUGGGAAGAGGUCGUGGGGGAAUUACUUACGAUUAGUUUCAUUUGCGAUAGUUCCUGACGUUCUUCCCAUCGUUUUUUACCCAUACAUGGGCUUCUCCAGGCUGGAAUUCUGCAGAACUUCAUUCAUAACUUGAAAUUAUAUAAGUUUUAUUUUUAUUUCUCGUGAUUAAUGGAUACACUUUUUAUUUUAUCAUUUUGGAGGAAACGUUCAGAGAGUUUUUCAUUGUUUUGAGUUAAUUUUUUUGUUUCUUUAAAGUUUCUGAAAUAUUUUCUAGAACUUGUCGUGUCCUCAGAAGUUCCAGCAGGUAGUAUUUCUGGCCAAUUAAUUAGUUAUUUAAUUCUCAGUUCACUUCCACGAGACUGAUUGGACCUAUUAUUACUCGACGUGUUGUUUUUGUUUUGUUAUUUUCGUGGAAACGUUUAGAAUUUUUUUGUCUUUUGCGUUUAUUACAUCGACGAUGAGAUCCUCAAAUUUGUUGAUGCGUUUGAUGGAUAGAUCGCGACGGAUAGUGAGAGUAGGAGUUUUAUAAUGAGAUAUAUGACUUCGAGGACCCCAAAGACUGAAAAAUAAGCAACAGGGUUUUUAUUUUCAUAAAGUUCUUGAUGAAUCAUGAGUCCAAGAGGUUCGGGAGGAGAAAUAAUAGAUUAUCAAAUAUACGAGAAGAAUGUUUAUUUGAAAUAAAGAAAAUUAUUGAUCCAUAAAGUCAAAGAUACGACUGAUUAUUAAUGUAAAUAUGUUACAAUGUAGGUAAUCACAACUUUGUAAUAUCGAUUCAUAUGGUGCUAUUUAAAUACAAUGGUUUUCACAAGAAAA